UUUUAGCAUGUUUACGACUACGUACUAACGAGAACUCUACAAGUAAAAUAACGACUAUAAACAACUAUAAAGAGUCUGAAGCACUACUAGACACUAUUAAGUACUAGAUGAUAUCACCAGAAGACGAAAAUGCGUUCACCAAGAUCUUAACCACGUCACCAAAUGAUAUGAAAAAAGACUUGACAAGACGGCAGUCGUGGCUGGAGAAGAGAAAGAGAACGUUUAGUGGAGAUGGAAUGAUAACCUGCCCUAGUUGCAGGGGUUCAGGUGUCAAGGACGCUUCUACUGAUCUGGUAGCUCUGAUACCCUACAGUGACGAGCGUCUUAAACCCCGCUUCACCAAAUGUAAGAUCCUCUUUGCUCUGGUGGUGUGUGCUGUGUUACUUGGUGUCUCAACUUACAUAUUCCUGCCUGGGAAGGUGAUAGUUACUACCACUAACUUGACCAUUGUCAACGCUUCUGUUGCUGACUACAAUGAAAACCUCUACUCGUUUGAUAUAUUGAAAAGUACGAAGAUAGCAGAUCCAAUAUUACAUGGCAGGUUGAUGUAAUGGUGGAGAAUAGGAACAGGUUCCUCUCUAUUACUGUCAACAAACUUCAAGUCGACCUCAAGUGGGAUGUAAACGACCAGAUAGAAGUAGGUUCCAUAGUGCACGGCAACUUCACAGUUGGGGGACACAAAGUGUACUCUUCGGCUUACGACAUCAAGACCCCCCAGAAUGGUAGUGGUAAAUACAGUGACUACCUCCUCACUUGCAAGUGCUGCAGACAAUACACGCAGUGUGGUAAAAUCCACAUGUUCAGUUCCAUUACACUUCAUUACACAUUGCACGUGGGCAAGUUUAACUAUUUUUCUAACUUUGUGAGCAGUGAUAAGUUGGGUUUUGAUAAUUGUAAUUAUUUUGAUAAUAUGGGAACUAAGAAUAUUACGUGCGAGACUUUUAAUAGUUGCCAUAGAGAUGGGAGGAAUAGGAUGAUGCAGAAUUUGGAAGAUAUGUUUGUUUAAUUUUGAGGAAGAUAAGUUGAUAAGUUCUUUUAAUUUUUGUGCUGUUGAAAACUCAUUUCAGGACCUUAAGUCUUUGAUUUCUGACGGCUGGUUUCCGUGAUUACUCACCCAGAUUUUGUACCCGUUUUUAAAAAUCACAUUCAAAUCUAUUUGUACGCAUGCUAAAUAUUUAAAAAGCUGCUGUUUUUUAAGUAAUGUUCAGGCUAAAGUUUGGCAGUGAAGACCUUGUUUUUAUUUUUAUAUAUCCUUUUAACACGAUUACAAAUGACAAUUUGGUGACUAUCAACUAUGGGAUCGACACUGCAUG